AUGAGGAGCGCACACCCCCUGGUCCUCUUCUCCCUGGUCGCCCUUUGCGGACGUGGGGACGGCCGUGUGGCCAAUGCCGAGGAGAAGCUGAUGGACGACCUUCUGAACAAAACCCGCUACAACAACCUGAUCCGCCCAGCCACCAGCUCCUUGCAGCUCAUCUCCAUUCAGCUGCAGCUCUCCCUGGCCCAGCUCAUCAGUGUGAAUGAGCGAGAACAGAUCAUGACCACCAAUGUCUGGCUGAAACAGGAAUGGACUGACUACCGCCUGGCCUGGAACAGCUCCCGCUACGAGGGUGUGAACAUCCUGAGGAUCCCUGCAAAGCGCAUCUGGUUGCCUGACAUCGUGCUUUACAAUAAUGCCGAUGGGACCUAUGAGGUGUCUGUCUACACCAACGUGGUGGUCCGCUCCAAUGGCAGCAUCCUGUGGCUGCCCCCUGCCAUCUACAAGAGCGCCUGCAAGAUCGAGGUGAAGCACUUUCCCUUCGACCAGCAGAACUGCACCCUCAAGUUCCGCUCCUGGACCUACGACCACACGGAGAUUGACAUGGUCCUCAAGUCUCCCAUGGCCAGCAUGGAUGACUUUACUCCCAGUGGCGAGUGGGACAUAGUAGCCCUCCCAGGGCGAAGGACGGUGAACCCACUGGACCCUCGCUACGUGGACGUGACUUACGACUUCAUCAUCAAGCGCAAGCCGCUCUUCUACACCAUCAACCUCAUCAUCCCCUGCGUGCUCAUCACCUCCCUGGCCAUCCUCGUCUUCUACCUGCCCUCCGACUGUGGCGAGAAGAUGACCCUGUGCAUCUCCGUGCUGCUGGCGCUCACAGUCUUCCUGCUGCUCAUCUCCAAGAUUGUGCCGCCCACCUCCCUCGAUGUGCCACUCAUUGGCAAAUACCUCAUGUUCACCAUGGUGCUGGUUACCUUCUCCAUCGUCACCAGCGUCUGUGUGCUCAACGUGCACCACCGCUCACCCAGCACCCACACCAUGGCGCCCUGGGUCAAACGCUGCUUCCUGCACAAGCUGCCCACCUUCCUCUUCAUGACGCGCCCUGGCCCUGACAGCAGCCCAGGCAGGGCACCCCAGCCCAGCCAGUCGUGCCUGACCAAGGCAGAGGCCACUGCCGCCACCUCUGCCGUGGGCCCUGCCAGCCCCUCCAACCUCUACGGGAACUCCAUGUACUUUGUGAACCCUGCCUCUGCGGCUCCCAAGUCUCCAGCUGGCUCUGACUCGGCAGGUGUCCCCCGGGAUUUCCGGCUGAGGUCCUCUGGGAGGUUCCGGCAGACUGUGCAAGAGGCGCUAGAGGGUGUCAGCUUCAUUGCCCAGCACAUGAGGAGUGACAAUGAAGACCAGAGCGUCAUUGAGGACUGGAAGUACGUGGCCAUGGUGGUCGACCGGCUGUUCCUGUGGGUGUUCGUGUUUGUAUGCGUCCUGGGCACCGUGGGGCUCUUCCUACCCCCCCUCUUCCAGACCCACACACCUUCCGAGGCGCCCUAG